AUGAGUGGCUCACAAACCCCCGUCUCCAAACCGCGUACCAGUGCUCCAUCUUCUCCUCCCGAGGAGACCGAGCCUGAACAAUUCUGCGAGUUCGACGUAAAUUUCGCCACCGAAGAAGAAAAGAAGAUAUUUGAAGAAGAAGAGAAAGCACGGGUGGCAAACUCCAAGGCAGAAGAACGAAGACGAAAAGCAAUUGCGAGAAAGAGAGCAGAGCACAAUGAGUCAAAAGGGGAACGAGACGCCAAGGCAAAACAACUGGAUGAAUUACUGAGUAAGAGCGCAGCGUUUGGGGAAAUGCUGGUAGGAAAGACAAAGGUUUUGGGACGUGUGGGAAGUGGAAUGGAUGGGAAGGCGCUGGGUGAACAUGAUUUGACGAUGGCAGAACAGCCCAAGUGUAUGGUGGGUGGAACGAUGCGAGAAUAUCAGCUGGAGGGUUUGACGUGGAUGUAUGAGAUUUGCAUACAAGGAAUGUCUGGAAUCCUGGCAGAUGAAAUGGGCUUGGGGAAAACAAUCCAGACAAUUUCGCUUAUUGCAUUGCUUAGAGAAAAGGAGAAUUACUUGGGCCCGCAUCUGAUCAUUGCACCAUUAAGUACACUUUCGAAUUGGAUUGAAGAAUUUCAGAAAUGGACGCCAAGUGUACCGGUAUUAUUGUAUCAUGGCACACCGCCACACCGAAAGGAGCUUCUUCGCACGCAGGUGCUGAAUCAUAUUAAGGAUGGUCGUCCGGACGAAAAGUUUCCUGUUGUCUGUACAAGUCCGGAGAUUGUUCUUCGGGAUCAUGCGGAUCUCUCAAAGAUCAAUUGGGAAUUCAUCAUUAUUGAUGAGGGCCACCGAAUGAAGAAUUCCGAGUCUAAAUUGUUCCAAACACUGAGGACUUUUACAUCUGCUACUCGUCUUUUGAUCACCGGAACACCAUUACAGAAUAAUCUGAAAGAGCUUUGGUCAUUACUUAAUUUCCUCUUACCUACAAUAUUUACACAAUGGGAAAUGUUCGAAAGCUGGUUCGACUUUAGUGACUUGCAGGAUGAGCAAGGUACGGAGGACUUUAUUGCUGAUCAAAUGAAACAAGAUCUAGUUAAGAAGAUGCACUUAAUUCUUCAGCCAUUAUUGUUGCGACGUGUAAAGGCUGAUGUCGAGCACAUGCUUCCGAAGAAGCGAGAAUAUGUGCUUUAUGCACCAAUGACAAAGGAGCAGAUGGAAUUGUACAACAAGAUUGGUGAUAAGACUGCUGACCUGCGGAGUUAUCUAGAAGAAAAGGUUGUAGAAAGAUUGACUGGGAGCAAAACCAUCAAGAAAGAAUCGAGCAAUCCAGCUAAAGCUACCGUCAAAGUAGAAAUCCAUGUGGAAGACUCUGACAGCGAAGACGAGAUACCACUAGCAAUUCGAAUUAAAGACAAGAACGCUGCUUUGAAACCUACCCCAGCGCCAAAGAAUGCAUUUCAACAAAUGAUGGCGAAGAGAAAGCCAGGAAGACCGGCUAAGAAUAAAGGUGGAGCCUCUUCACCAGUAUCUUCAGUAGAGAAGGGAAAGCCUGGCAGAAAACGCAAGAUAAUUGAAGAGUCGCUUUCCUUGCCAAUCAAUAAAUCCGCCAAGUCUAGUCGAACUGCGUCACCAGCUGUUAGUAUUCGCAGUCGAGACUCACGGAGCAGAAGAGUCUACGAAGAAGCCGAUACAUCUGAGGAGGAUGAGCUCAGUGAUGAUGAAUUUGAGUCGAAACUCGCAAUGGAAUUUGUGGAAAAAGAGGAAUUAGAACUCAAGAAGAAGAAUCAAACCGAAGAUCAAACGGCUAAAGUUCUAGAACUUGCCAGAAAGGAGAUUUCUAGCAAAAAGCUAGGAAACCCUGUUAUGCAAAUGAGAUUAGUUUGCAAUUCUCCAUUAAAUUUCUAUAAUCCCUGGUCGGCAGACUCUGGUAUCCCACUCAACGAAACCCUCAUAACGUCGUCUGGGAAAAUGUUACUUCUCGAUCGACUUCUCCCAUCACUAUUCUCUCGCGGUCACAAAGUUCUCAUCUUCUCACAAUUCAAAACUCAACUCGACAUUCUUGAAGAUUACGCUCGUGAAUUGCGAAAUUGGAAAGUAUGUCGAAUCGAUGGAAGUGUGGCACAAGAUCUCCGCCGUCAACAAAUCAAAGAAUUCAAUGAAGACCCAGAAUUCAGACUAUUCCUUCUCUCCACCAGAGCUGGCGGACAAGGAAUUAAUCUCGCAAGUGCUGAUACUGUGAUCCUCUUCGACAGCGAUUGGAACCCACAACAAGAUCUCCAAGCUCAAGAUCGCGCCCAUCGUAUCGGCCAAACUAAACCUGUCGUCAUAUUUCGACUCGCUACCAAGGGCACCGUCGAAGAAGAUUUGCUCAUGAGUGCCGAUGCGAAACGUAGGUUAGAGAAGCUUGUUAUUAAGAAAGGAGGAUUUAAAACUAUGGGACAGAAAAUGGAUACUAAAGAAGGAAUGAAUGCGGAAGCGUUAAGGGCGUUAUUGUUGAAAGAUGGAGAGGUAUAUACGUGUAAAGAAGGAGACGAGAUUUUGACAGAGGAGGAUCUAGAUGCAUUGUGUGAUAGGAGUGAGGGGGCUUAUGAGAGGGCCGAGAAGGGUCUGGGAAAUAAAGAUGCUUUUAAGAUUGUAGAGACGAAGGCGGGGGGGUUAAUGACGAGCAUGGAGGGGAGAUAG